AUGCAUGUCAAAUUUGUCAUUUCUUGCUUCGCGGUCGGCGCCGCGGCCAUGCCGACCGGUGUGCGCACGCGGGAUGGGGAGAUGACCGCAGCCGAGGCCACGUCGCUGGGCGCAGCGCACAACCCGAGCUCCAUCGUGGCUCGCAGCCCAGACAGCAUGUGGGGGCGAGCAAGGAGCAAAGUUGGCAUCAAGAAGAAGAAGAAGCUGGCGGACCUGGAGCCGGAGGCGCCGCGGCCGCCCAAGAAUUUCGACUACGACAGAGAGUAUAUCGUCGAGGGCCCACGAGGGGAGACGAUAGGCACAGCUGUGCCGAUACGACCGGGGGUUCGGAUCACGAUGGAGCCCACGCGACCACGCCCUGCCCGUCAGCCGUCACCACCGCCGCCGCAGCAGCCGUGGGUUCCGGAUCCGUCCUACCAACCCGAAGACCCCGACACGUGGGAAAACGACGUGCCGCCCUCCCAGCAGGCCAUCCAGGCCGUCGAGGACGCCCGGAACGGGGUCUACAACCCUUUGCACGCGCAACAAGAUUACCACCACCACGGCGGCGGCGGCGGCUCGCACGUGGACUACGACUACGACGGCCACGCGGGGGCACCCAGCAGCUACGUGGCUUACGACUAUGACGACGACCAUGGGCAUGGGCAUCACCACGGCAGCACGUCGGGCCACGGGUCGCGUCCGUCGUCAAGUCACCACGGCGCGGGCGAGGAGCUGGAGCCGUGGGAUCGUCCCGAGGGGGGAUACUUUUGGGAAGCCGGCGCGUCUCCGGUGUACGCGCCACAGGGAUCCCAGCAGGGCGGGGGAGUGCUGUCUAGCGUCGUCUCGGGUGGAUCGCAGAUCCUGAGGGCCGGCGCAGGCAUGGUGUGGAGCGCGGUGCAGCAGUACCAGAACCCGCGGCCGUAUGUAGUACGGCCAGUCUACCCGGGGCAGCCGUUCCCUGGGCCGGGCUAUCACGUUCAUCCUGCACCAGGCCACGGAAUGCCCCCUGGCGUUUGGGCUUACAGCGGUACGCCCGGCGAAGGACCCCCGGGGGAAAUCAGGUACCCGAGUGACUACCAUUAA